AAGUCAAAGUGGCGUCGAGAUAAGAUCACGAUGCUGGGAAUUGCGCUGAUCUGUACAGUGUUUGUGCUCUGGUUCCUCCACUAUUUGUGGCGCGACUGGGAAUUAUAUCGCGUGGCAUGGAAGAUGCCCGGACCCUUGAUGUUGCCCUUGAUUGGCAACACUUACUGCACUCUUGGACUGUCGCACGAAGGUCUUCUGGACUAUCUGAAGGAGUUGUGCACAAAAUAUCCCAGUCCGAUGCGAUUCUGGCUCGGACCGAAGCUCUUCGUCAUGAUCAGUCGACCGGAAGAGUGCCAGAUUGUCUUCAAUGCCCAGGAAUGUCUGAGCCGAGAUGACAUUUACGACUACAUAAAGCCUUUCACGGGCGAUGGACUCGUGACACUUCCUGCUGCAACUUGGAAGGAUCACAGGAAAUUCCUCAAUCCCUGCUUCAGCUUGAAAAUCCUCCAGAGUUACAUGACAAUCUUCAACACAGAAGUCAAGACGCUGAUCGAGAGAUUGGGUCAGAAGGAGGGAAAAGGACACUUUGAUAUGUACGACAUGAUGGACGCUUGCGCUCUGGACGUCGUUUGCCAAACAACACUCGGAACACAGAUGAAUAUUCAGAAGAAUGAAAAUAUGGAUUACCUUGACGCGGCCAACAGUCUCCUGGCCACGAUGACAACGCGGAUCUUCAAUCCUUUCUACCACUCAGACUUCAUCUUCAACCUCAGCAAGUGGUCGAAGAUGGAGAAGAAGAACUCCGACAUCACCUUUGGCUUCGUCGAUGACAUCCUGCGCAGGAAGAAGGCGACGUACAAGAAGGCUCUGCCCGAGGAAAGGGCGCCACUGGACGAAAACACGUCCUUCAAGUCGCCCCAAUUGUUCAUCGAUCAGCUGCUGAAGCUGUCGAUGGAGGGCAACUAUUUCACCGACACAGACGUGAAGAACGAAGCCAACACCAUCGUCGCCACGGGAUACGAGAGCACCGCCCUCAUCACGUCCUACUGCAUCCUCAUGCUGGCCAUGCACCAGGACCUGCAGCAGAAGGCCUACGAGGAAGUCAAGAGCGUCAUUCCCCGGACCGGCGACGAUGUCAAGUAUGACGAUCUGGGCCAAUUGGAUUACGUCGAGCGAUGCCUCAAGGAGACCAUGAGGCUCUUCCCCACCGUACCAGUCGUGGCCAGGAAGGUCGAUGCGCCCUUCAAGCUGGACAAGUACACAAUCCCUGCCGGAACACACAUCGUGAUUGGCGUGCUGGAGAUGCAGAGGAAUCCCGAAUUCUGGGGUCCCGAAGCCCACAAAUUCAACCCCGACAACUUCCUCCCUGAGAACUUCGAGAAGAUCCACCCUUACGCUUACGUGCCCUUCAGCGCCGGGCCGAGAAACUGUCUGGGGAUGAAGUACGCUUAUAUGCUGCUGAAAGUCAUCAUGGUUCAUCUUCUCAGCAAUUAUCGCUUCACAACUGACCUGAAAUACGAGGAAUUGCGCCAUCGGGUCGAUAUUACGCUGAAAUUGACUAACAAGCACAUGAUUCACGUGCACAAACGCAAAUCCAUGAUUGUGAUUGCGCUAAUCGGUGUGGUUGCGGUGUUUUAUCUCUACUAUUUGUGGAGCAAUCGGGAGUUCUACAGGACGGCCAGGAAGUUUCCUGGUCCUCUCGCUCUGCCCAUCAUUGGCAGCGCUUAUCACUUCAUCGGCUUGUCCAAUGAAGGCAUUCUCAAUGUUCUGGAUUAUCUCACGACCAAAUUCUCCACGCCGCUCGGUUACUGGCUGGGCCCGAAGUUCUACAUUCUGGUGACAAAGCCGGCGGAUUGCCAAGUUGUCCUCACAUCGCAGCACUGCCUCAAUCGCGAUGAUGUUUAUGACUUCACAAGGAGCUACGCAGGAGAUGGAUUAAUCGCUCUCAAGAAUCCCGCGUGGAAGGAGCAUCGGCGCUUCCUCAAUCCCUGCUUCAGCCUGAAGAUCCUGCAGAGCUUCAUGCCCAUCUUCAACAACGAGGUGAAAACCAUGGUGGAGCGUCUCAAGCGUCAGGCGGACGACGGCGGCACAUUCGACAUGUACAAAUAUAUCGACGCCUGCACAUUGGAUAUGGUGUGUCAAACAACGCUGGGAACACAGAUGAAUAUUCAGAAGAAUGAGAACGAGGAAUUCCUCUAUGCGGGCAAUAAACUCCUCGAGAUCAUGACGCACCGCAUCUUCAAGCCGUGGUAUCAUCUGGACUGGGUGUUCAGGCUGACGAAGAUGUACCACGAGCAGAAGCGCUGCUCCAACAUUACGUACUCCUUCAUCGGCAAGAUCCUGCAGAACAAGAAGCGCGACUUGGCGAACAAGAACGUGGAAGGCGCGGAGAAGAAGUCGGACUUUGAUGAGAAGAGCGACUCCUUCAAGUCACCCCAGAUCUUCAUCGAUCAGCUGCUGAAGCUGGAGGGAAGCCACUUCAACGACUGGGACAUGCUGAGCGAGGCCAGCACCAUCGUGGCUGCGGGCUAUGAAACAUCGGCUCUGAUGAUUGCUUAUGCCAUUCUCAUGCUCGCCAUGUUUCCUGAGUAUCAGCAGAAGGUUUACGAAGAGGUGAAGAGCAUCUUUCCCUCGAAAGACUUUGACGUGUCCUACGAUGACCUGAACAAGCUGGAGUUCACCGAGAGGGUCAUCAAGGAGACCAUGAGACUCUUCCCAGCAGUUCCAGUCAUGGCCAGAAAUGCGACACACAGUUUUGACCUCAAUGGCAUCACAAUUCCCGCCGGCACGGCCAUCGUCAUCGGCACGAUUAGCAUGCACAGGGACGAGAAAGUGUGGGGCCCGGAAGCCAAGAAGUUCAAUCCGGACAACUUUCUGCUGGAGAACUGGGAGAAGCAGCACCCUUACAGCUUCAUCCCCUUCAGCGCCGGCCCCAGAAACUGCAUCGGCUUCAAGUACGGCAUGAUGUCCAUGAAGACCGCCAUCGCGCACACCAUCAGGAACCUGAAGUUCUCCACGCAGCUGAAGCUGGAGGAGCUGCGCUUCGAGAUUGACGUGACGAUGAAGCUGGUGAACAAGCACUUGGUCACCGUCGAGAGGCGAGAGGAGUGAGCUUUUCCCCUUUCCCCAAACUAAUACCUUCCCAGCAGUGAGAUUAGCAGAAAUAAAAAAGAGUUUUGCCAAAGGAAAAACCGCGGCAUCUUUUGAAUUGAAUCGCCAAGAAGUAGGCAAAGUUGUGCUUUUGGGUGGAAAAAUGCGGCUAAAGAGCG